AUGUCCUGGAGAAGUCAAGGCAUCACCGGCUCGAACAACAUCCCGCUCGGCCGGCGCCGCUUCGGAAGCGAGAACGGCGAGGAUGGCGUGGGCGCUGGCGCUGCCGUUGAGGAACGCGAGCUCAAACGAGGCCGCGAUCCCGAGCCUCGAACCGAAGCCGACGGGCCUCGUCGUCGCAAGAAGCGCAAUCGCUGGGGCGACGCGUCAGAGAACAAGGCCGCUGGCCUCAUGGGGCUUCCGACCGCCAUUCUCUCGUCCAUGACCAGCGAGCAGCUGGAGGCGUACACGCUGCAUCUCCGUAUCGAGGAGAUUAGCCAGAAGCUGCGCAUCGACGACGUGGUGCCCGCAGAUGGUGAUCGAUCCCCCUCGCCGCCACCCCAGUACGACAACCAUGGUCGACGUAUCAACACACGAGAAUACCGCUACCGCAAGCGCCUCGAGGAUGAACGUCACAAGCUGGUCGAAAAGGCCAUGAAGACCAUUCCUAACUACCACCCGCCGCAGGACUACCGCAGGCCAACAAAGACGCAGGAGAAGGUCUAUGUGCCUGUCAACGACUACCCGGAGAUUAACUUCAGUAUGAUUGCUAACCCUUUAACCCUGACCACUAACUCCCCCUUUCUUUCUUUCAUCUUGGAGUAUGGCCAGACCCUCUUCAUGGCGCCGCUCUCCCCCAAAGUUGGCUUACUUAUCGGACCCCGUGGUAACACACUGAAGAAGAUGGAGAAUGACUCUGGAGCCAAGAUUGCCAUUCGUGGCAAGGGCUCCGUCAAGGAGGGCAAGGGUCGUUCUGAUGCAGCUCACUCCAGUAACCAGGAGGAGGACCUUCACUGUUUGAUCAUGGCAGAUACUGAAGAAAAGGUCAACAAGGCGAAGCAGCUCAUCCACAACGUCAUCGAAACCGCAGCUUCGAUUCCCGAAGGCCAAAACGAGCUCAAGCGUAACCAGCUUCGAGAACUCGCCGCGCUCAACGGAACUCUCCGAGACGACGAGAACCAGGCUUGUCAGAACUGCGCAUUAUUUGCCGAGUCUGUGGCAAUGCCGGCCACAUGGCCAGAGACUGUCCUGAUCGCCAGAGGGGUGCCAACUGGCGUAACGACGCAGGCGGCCGACCCGCAGCAACUCAUGCAGGAACUUGGCGGCGGCGGAGCCGCUCCGGCUCAGAUCGAGGCCGGUCCCAGCAGCAACAACUACAACGGCAACAGCGAUGCGAAGCCAUGGCAACGAGGACCUACUGGUGGACCUGCGCCCUGGAGAUCCCGCAACCAAGACUCUAACGAUGGAGGCAGCGGAGGAGGCUCUGCGGCUCCCUGGGCCCGUGAUCGUAACCGCGGCCACGAUAACAGCAACGGCAACGGUCACGGCGGUGGCGAAAACAACUACUAUGGACACAACAACUACGGCUCUUCUUCGUCUGGGGCACCAGCCCCGUGGCACCAGCAGGCACACCAGGCAGCGCCCCAGCACCAGGCACCUGGAAUGGGCGCGUAUCCGAACUACGCUGCCUAUGGCGCCUACGGUGCUGCACCGGGCAUGGCAGCGCCUCCAGGUCUCCCUCAAGUCGGUGCCGGUCUCGCUGCUCCGCCAGGCCUGGGUCCUCUGAAUGCUCUCAUCCAGCAGUAUGCCGGAGCGGUACCUCCUCCGCCCCCGCCAUCUGGAGAUGCUCCCCCACCGCCCCCGAGCGAUCAGCCGCCUCCGCCUCCUCCCCCUGGCGCGUAA